AUGUCUUCAGCCUAUUACUAUAAUCAACAACAAACAGGAUCAGUACCACCGCAUAUGGCACAGCAAAAUUUAGCAGCACGAGGAAUUCCAGGUCAAAUUGGACUCAAUCCUUUACAAGGUCAAUACGUUCAGCAACAACAGCAGCCACAAUAUAGGAAUCAGCCUUCUAUGAUGGACAGUAGAAAGCGAGGACAUAGCAAAGCGACAAGACAGAACUUGCCAGUGCCGGAAGAUGUCGAUGAACCUUCUGGUGAUGAGUUGGAUGACAUUUCUGCUCGUGAUAUUGCGAUGGCAAGAUAUAAACGUAACCAUGAUUAUUUAUCCGAAAUAUUCACUCCAUACAAUGCAGAAUUCAUUGUAUCACCGCCUUUAGAUAUUGUACAAACAAAAGAGGAACUUGAAAAGCAAAUUGACGACUAUAAGGAAAGAGCAGAAAAGAGAAAAAAGAUAUUUGAGGAUAAGCUAGCAUCGAUUGAACAAGAGCAAAAUAAGUAUUGGGCAUUAUUGAGCAAAUUGAACGAAGCGAAGGCCUUGCAGGAUAUUGACAAAAGCUCGGAAGAUUUAGCGAAAGAAUUGGGUGUCAAAAUAGAACAUACAAAUAAAAGCAUUAGAGUUCAAUCAAUACCCGGAAUCGAAGAAGACCAUCCUGCUGAGCCAAUAGCAAACCAAUCCUCAUCGGCAGCAUCUUACAAAUUAGAAGAGCAGAUUAACGCAGGCAGUAAUAGCAACAAUAUUAAUAAUAACCAAGCUAUGGGAACGAAUAACGGCAUUACAAAUACCACACUUAAUACUGGCAAUGCAGACCAUCAACAAAAUAUUGAUGUCAACACCAAUGAUAACAGCAAGCCAGAAAUGAAUACUGACAUUUCAGGUAGCAGUGACCCUAGUGGUGGCAAUAACCUGUCGAAGCAAGACGAAGAUACAAGCAUGGACGAUAGCUUCUUCAAUGAGAUGGUGAACGCAGAAGAUGAUUCAGCUGUCAAUGAGUUUCUUAACACAGAAUAA